AUGAACACAACUUCUGUGGCGGACAAGAUAACGGUCCCACCGGGACUGCGCGAGCUGUUGCAAGAGUUAACAGUGCACUUGCUACGUGAGCGCCCAGAAGACCUUGUUCAGGCUUCCAUUGAUUUUCUUACAAUGAAAAAAGCCACUUCAGAUAACCGGACGAACAAAGGAACCGAAAGUGAGGAGGAUGAAGAUGCGGAACCAAUGCCUAUGCCACCAAGACGCGAAGCGCGAAGAGCUGCAGUUGCAGCAGAAAGCUAUGACCCCGAAAAGGAUGACGGCAGCACCACAGUAAAAGUUGUUCAUCCGAAGACAGAGGAGCAACGUCAGAGACUUAAUCAGGCUACAAAAGAUAUCCUCUUGUUUCGGUGCCUGGAUGACGAUCAGAUGCAGGAUGUCAUCGACGCGAUGUUUGAACGUCGCGUAAAAGCGGGUGAAAAAGUUAUUACACUUGGCGAAGACGGUGAUAACUUCUAUGUGAUCGAAAAGGGAGUCUACGAUAUUAUCGUGAGGGUCGAUGGACAGGAAAAGAAAGUCGGCCAGUACGACAACAAAGGUUCAUUUGGUGAAUUAGCCCUUAUGUACAACACCCCACGGGCAGCAACAAUUCAGGCUACUGAAGACGGUGUGGUCUGGGCAAUGACUCGUGAAGUGUUUCGCGGGAUUGUCCUAAAGAAGGCAUUCGAAAAACGGAGAAUGUACGAAGAAUUACUCAACCAGGUGCCGAUUCUUGAAAGCCUGAGUGCUUAUGAACGCAUGAAUGUAGCUGAUGCUCUGAAGACUAGAAUUUACAACGACGGCGAUCAAAUCCUAAAGCAAGGCGACCCAGGUGAUGAAAUGUUCUUCAUUGAAGAUGGAGAGGUACGCAUCAUGAUGAAGCGAGUUGGGGAAUCCGAGGAGAAGGAAGUAGCUAAAAUUGAAAAAGGUGGCUACUUUGGUGAACUAGCAUUACUCACUAGCCAUCCAAGGGCUGCGUCCGCGUACGCUGUUGGAAGAACAAAGCUUGCUGUUCUGGAUGUGGGCAGUUUUGAGCGACUACUUGGACCUUGUUUGAACAUCUUGAGACGCAAUAUUGAUGGAUAUGAGGAAAAGUUGAAGUCCGUCUUUGGAAGCCUAGAUAAGGUUCCGGAACUUCGGCAG